AUGAAACCGGGGAAUCUGGGCCUCGGGCUCGGGCUCCAGCGCUGGGGCCUCGGGAGCGCAACCGCAGAGGACGGAGGCCCUGCACGCAGCGGCGCGCUCCAGGGUGCAGGAGCGAGGUGUCCAGUCGGUGACCUCGGGAUGCCGGCGAAAAAGGAAGGUCCUUUGCAGUCUGUUAAGGAAGAUGAUGGGAUUGGGAAGGCCCAGGAUGCUUUUUGGCUUCAAUCACUCAUUACUGAUGCAGUCCUUGGUAAAGGAUUUCAGAAACUGAAAGAGUAUUUUCAAAAGAAAGAGAGCCACGUUCCUCAAAAGUACAGCUAUCUUCUAUUUUACCAUCUUAACAGAUCAAUAAAUAAGGCACUGGAUAAAAAUGAAUUUCAAAAUGUUUCACUUUUACUGAAAUGUAUCCAGCGAUUCUUCAUUGAUGGCCUUAAAGAAGAGGAGCCUUUGCUAAUUCAGCAGGGACUGAUCCCAAAGAUAAUUUCCUGGUUUGAAAGAACGGCAAGAUUGCUGAGCACAGAAGACCUGGCCUCAGACACGGGUCUGAUUAGUGUCACAGAAGACUUCUUCGACACUGCGUUGAUUAUUUCCAGGAGGAGUAGUAAAGGUAAAAUUCAGAUGCUGGAUUCCUUCGUUCUUACCUUGGGAUUUCUGGUGACAGAAAAGACUGUAAGUCAUUUUAUUCAACAAGAGGCCCUGAGGACCUUGAACUGCAUUUUGCAUGCCCUACCUAGGGAAGAGCGACAAAGACUCUUGUUCUCAGAAGGCCCACGUCAGCUUAUGAAAGACCUUGCGAGGACAAUGUUAACUGUGGGUGAUUAUGACCAGCAGGUGGGGAUUUCUGAGGCCUUGUGUAGGCUGACGACCAAAAGCUCAAGGGCUGACCUUGUCCACGAGUGGUUUGAUGAUGACGUUAUUGCUGAAGCUUUCAAAGCAAUUAAGGUUCGAGAAUUUGAGACGGACGGUAGACGAUUUCUCAAUGACCUAAACAACACACUUGGUGAUCAAAGAAGGGUUUAUUCGUUUCCAUGUGUCGCUGCUUUCGCUGAUGGGCAUGAGAUGAGAAAACCAGCAGAUGAAAAAUUAGAGAAAUUUUGGAUUGAUUUCAACCUAGGAAGUCAGAGGGUAACUUUUUACAUAGACAAUGCCAAGAGCACUCUGUGGGACCCAGUAAGACUUUCGAAAGAAGCAGUGAUUAAUUUCAGCGUAAUAGAAACUGAGAAGAUGAAGCUAUUCAUCAUGUACCUGAAGAAGCCUGUUGUUAUCAGCAACAAAGAAGUGAGGAAGGUCGAAAUCCAUUUUGAUUUGCAAUUCAACAUAUCCCAGGCUUCCAUUCAAGUUUUAGGAAAAGACAAACAGAUGUCCAAUCAGAUGACAAUUCCCUCAGAACUUUUCAAGCAAGAGGAAGAAUCCACCGACCCGGCCGAGUUCACGGGUGCUAGAGAUGACCUUUGCCUCCUAACCCUCCCCUUCAGCGACCAUUCUGAGCCUCCUCAAACAAAUACAGCUGAUCAUUCACCUGAUAAAUUGAAACUGGAUGACACGCCACAAGAGACUUCCAAACAUGAGUACUCUUCAGGUUUACAAGAACCAUCUCUUAAAAUCCAGGCUUCUGAAUUAAAUGACCAAUCUAGAUCUCUAGAACUUCAUCUUGCAUACCUGAAACUUUAUUCUCAUUGGACGACAAGACCCAUUUUACCUUCUCCCAACCCCAGGCAACUGCUCUUCUACUGGUUGUAUGAGUUUGACAAUUAUGGAUUCCCAGUGUCAGAUUCUGCUUCUGAAGAUGACAGAAAGCCAGAAACAAGAACAUCGUUUAAUUACAGGAAACAUCUCUUCUCUGAAAGUAAUCAAGAUUCGAGUUCUAGUACCAGUGAACUGUCUUGGACCAGUAACCAAAAAAGGAAAUCCCUAAAACCAUAUUCUGGGAGAAAAAAGACAAGAGUCAGAAGUAGUCUAAGAAUCUUGCCACUUCCACCUCUCAGUAGUGGCAGUGACUAUGAGAAAGAACAGGCUAUAUGUCUAACGCCACUACAGAAAGAAACCUUGAAGCAAAAUAAAGCCACAUCUCCAAAAAUUUCUGAGACAAAAUUCCAGGGUAGUUCUGCUUUUUUAACACCUGAGGAUUCUGCACAGAAAACGGAACUUCAAAGUCCAGUUCUACUGAGUGAUUUGUCUUCCUCGGAGCACUCAGAAGUUGAAGAAAAUGUAUUGGAGAUCAUGAAUCAAGAGUCAUUAAUGGAAAGUACCAGCUUCAAGCAUAAGCUGCAAAACUUGGACGAUGGAGACGUACCAGAUGGUAGUUUCGCUAAGACAAAGCAGUCAAGACUGGAAGACAGCGAUGGUCCGGAGUCCCUUCCCCUAGUGACAAAAGAAACAGACUUGGCAGAAAGUAUUUCUGCUCCAUCCCUAGAGGUUAUGCCUGAGAGCUUAGAUGGAUCUGCCAUUAUCACAACUUUUGAAAACUUCGCAAGAGAACUGAAAAGAAAAUAUGAGUUUAGGUACAGAAAGAGUCCACUUUAUCCAGAAAGUGCAAAGAAGGCACCGGAUUGCCUAAUAAAACUUUUAAACCAGAUACACCUGUACAGACUCAGUAAAUUAGAGCAGUUUCACAGUUUGGUUCUUCAAGAGUUGAGCAAUCUUGAGAAGGAUUUUCAGGCUCUGAAGCACCUUGAGAAAGAUGUCAUGGAAUUUUGGGAGAAACAGUCAGCUGAUCUGAAGUCAUUCUGUGAAACGCAAGUGCUGAGGCUUAAUCCAAUUCAGCCGUCGUGAGGAAAGCCAAAGCCAGGUUUAUUACGGCCUCAGUCAGGUGAAGCUUUCCAUUUCCCCAGCCCACAAAGGAGAGCAAUUUAAAUCUCCAGCCACCUGAGGCCUGCCCCAUUACAGCUUUCAUGGCUUCCUCCAUAACUGAGUCUCUUUGAACUCCAUUUGGAAGCUCUCUUCUAUUCACAUGGUUAAUUAAAGAGAAAAUGAUACUUGAUAAAAAGUCAAUGUGACCUUUCUGCACUGGUCUGCCAGAGUCUACAACAUCAAGGGAACAGUAUUUUUUUUUAAUAUUAAAUUCAAUAUGCCCAUGUUUUUCUCCCUUCGUGUUGAUUCCUGGAUCUGUAUUUAACUUUCAGACUUUGGUACCACAGUACAAACAUGCUGCAAAUGAAGAACUGUAUCUAUAACCCAAUGAU